CUCGAGCGGCAGGAAAGCCGUGUCUCGCACUGAAUGGAUAUAUUUCUCCGACACUUUCAUUUAUUCCGUUUUCAGUCUUUUAUCAACGCUAAGAUGCACCGGCGAAGUCCCGGGCUGGUUUUAACACUCCCGUUAACGUCAAUGCUGUGGAUAUUUAACAGUUUCAGCAGCUUGCACGGUGCUCUCCCUUCAGCACUAGAGAAGUGUGAGGUGGCUCUCUCCUCUCCCCUCCCUCACACAGCCUUCACUGCCUCCUCAGUCUUCACCAGUGGAUACGCUCCAGGCUACGCCAAGCUCAACCAGAGAGGAGGUGCAGGGGGCUGGUCUCCCCAAGACAGCGACAGCUACCCGUGGCUCCAGGUGGACCUGGGCAGCCGGAAACAGGUAGUUGCCGUGGCAACGCAGGGCAGGUACAGCAGCUCUGAUUGGACAACGAGGUACAGGCUGCUCUACAGCGACACGGGCAGGAACUGGAAGCCCUAUCAUCAAGAUGGAAACAUAUGGGCGUUCUCAGGCAACUCCAACACGGAGAGCGUGGUAAGACACGACCUGGCGCAAGGCAUUGUGGGCCGGUUGCUGCGUUUUGUACCGCUGGACUGGAGUGGAGAGGGACGCAUUGGCCUCCGCAUAGAGGUCUACGGCUGUUCCUACUGGGCAGACGUAAUAAACUUUGAUGGACAGGGAGUUAUAUCGUACCGAUUUAAGGUGAAGAAGAUGAAGAUCAUAAAGGAUGUGAUCGCUCUGAAGUUUAAAACGUGGGAUAGUGAAGGAGUCAUUCUACACGGAGAGGGACAGCAAGGAGACUAUAUUACAUUAGAGCUACGCAAGGCCAAACUCCUCCUGCAGAUUAACCUAGGCAGUAACCAGUACGGUUCGAUCCUGGGCCACACCUCUGUGACGUCUGGAAGCCUAUUGGAUGAUCACCACUGGCACUCUGUGAUGAUUGAACGAUACCGACGCAACGUUAACUUCACCCUGGACACACACACACAACACUUCAGGACCAACGGAGAGUUUGACCAUCUGGAUCUAGACUACGAGUUGAGUUUUGGUGGCAUGCCCUACAGUGGUAAGCCAAUGGGAGGGGGGAUGAAGAACUUCAGAGGCUGUAUGGAGAGCAUCAACUACAACGGAGACAACAUCACUGAUCUGGCACGACGCAAGAAGCUAGACACCUCCAGCUUUCGUAAUCUGUCAUUCUCUUGCAUGGAGUCUCACUCCUUCCCAGUUUUCUUCAACGCCACCAGCUUCCUGCAGCUCCCAGGAAGAGCCAAUCAGGAUGUAGUAUCACUUAGAUUCCAGUUCCGCACCUGGAACGCCAACGGACUCCUCCUCUUCAGUAACCUUGACGACGGAACGCUUGAGAUCGCCCUUGACGACGGGAAGAUGGGAGUUCACUUCAACGUGACGCAGGCGAAGAACACCAGGAUAGCAAUUUCAUCAGGUUCAGACCUUAACGACGGCCAGUGGCACGCGGUGCAUCUAGUCGCUAAGGAGAACUCUGUCAUGUUGACGAUCGAUGGAGACGAAGCGUCAGCGGUCCGAACCACCACGCCUAUCAUCAUCAGGACUGGUGGAACAUACCAUCUGGGAGGGUACUUCCUGCCUACCUUAGCCCCUCCCACCCAGAAGUCGUUCCAGGGCUGCAUGCAGGCAAUUCUGUUGGAUGAUCAGCUGGCGGAUAUGCAUGCCGUGGAGAAAGGCAUUGUGGGAGUGUUUGAGAACGUCAGCUUGGACAUGUGUGCCAUCAUAGACAGGUGUAUGCCUAACCAUUGUGAGCAUGGAGGCAGGUGUAAACAGACGUGGGAUAAUUUUAGCUGCACCUGCGACAGAACCGGAUACACUGGAGCCACUUGCCACACAUCGUUGUUUGAACAGAGUUGUGAGGCGUAUAAACACCUGGGCAGAUCUUCAGACACAUACUGGAUAGAUCCGGAUGGGAGUGGACCCCUCAGACCCUUCAAAGUCAACUGCAACAUGACAGAAGACAAGGUGUGGACUACAGUGGUCAAUAAUCUACCAGCCCAGACCUCAGUGACCGGGUCUAGCAGAGAGAGACGCACUGUGCUGCAACUCAACUACAGUGCCUCUAUGGAACAGGUCACAGCUAUUACUACCAGUGCUGAACACUGUCAACAACAAGUGUCGUACGCCUGCCGCAUGUCCCGACUGCUCAACACACCCGAGGGAACUCCCUACACAUGGUGGGUGGGUAGGAGCAAUGAGAAACAUUUCUACUGGGGAGGAUCAGGGCCGGGGAUACAGAAGUGUUCCUGUGGUAUCGACAGGAACUGUACUGACCCCAAAUACGACUGUAACUGUGACGCUGACCACAAACAAUGGAGAGAGGACAGUGGCCUGUUAGUGUAUAAGGACCAUCUGCCAGUCAGUCAGGUUGCCGUGGGUGACACCAACCGGCAGGGUUCAGAGGCCAAGCUCACCAUCGGGCCACUCCGUUGUCAAGGAGACAAUAACUACUGGAACGCGGCGUCGUUCACCACGCCCUCCUCCUACCUGCAUUUCUCCACCUUCCAGGGAGAGACCAGCGCAGACAUCUCCUUCUACUUCAAGACCAGCGCUCCCUACGGGGUGUUCCUGGAAAACCUCGGCAACACUGACUUCAUACGCCUCGAACUCAAAUCUCCUACUGUUGUCUCGUUCUCCUUUGAUGUGGGGAACGGUCCCGUGGAGUUGGCCGUCCAUUCAGCCACGCCCCUCAACGAUGACCAAUGGCAUCGUGUGAUGGCGGAGCGGAACGUGAAGGAGGCGGUGCUACAGCUGGAUCUGAACUAUAGGGAAACUCGUCCCGCCCCUCCACAGGGACACACAAGACUAGAGCUGUUUAGUCAGCUUUAUGUGGGUGCAGCAGGAGGUCAGAGGGGGUUUCUGGGAUGCAUUCGCUCCCUCAGGAUGAAUGGUGUGACCCUUGACCUUGAAGAGAGGGCCAAGGUAACUCCAGGUGUAAAGCCAGGCUGUCAGGGUCAUUGUACCAGUUAUGGGAUGUACUGCAGGAACGGAGGAAAGUGUGUGGAGAAAUAUAAUGGCUACUCCUGUGACUGCACUGCCACGGCAUACGACGGACCCUUCUGCACCAAAGAUGUGGGGGGUUUCUUUGAGGCGGGCACUCUGGUGAGAUACAACUUCCUGUCAGAGGCAGCGGCAGCCAAUCAGGACGCAAGGUUCCUUGCCCAACCUUUGACUGCACAGGAAGUGAAUCUGACAGGAGAAGCAGUAGCGUUUAGCUUCAGUACGUCCAACACACCAGCUAUACUGCUGUACGUCAGCUCCAAGACACAAGACUACCUGGCGCUGGUGCUACGGCAGAAUGGAACUCUCCAGGUGCGGUAUAACCUGGGCGGUCUCAAGGAGCCGUUCACCAUAGACGUGGACCAGCGUAACCUAGCCAACGGACAGCCACACACUAUCAACAUGUCCAGAAUCAACAGGACUAUCACCAUACAGUUGGACCACUACCCCCCUGUCAGCUACUCUCUCCCAGAGGCAUCAGACACACAGCUCAACCUGGUCAAGACAUUGUUCCUGGGGAAGGUAUUUGAGACCGGAGUGAUAGACCCAGUGCUUAUAGAGCGUUAUAACACUCCAGGGUUCGUAGGCUGUCUGUCACGCGUCCAGUUCAACGGAGUCGCACCCCUGAAGACUGCCCUAAGAAACCCUAUAACGGACAGACCAACAGACAGACAGUCUGUGCCAGUGUCCUACCAGGGUAAACUGGUAGAAUCUAACUGUGGAGCAUCACCUCUCACCAUCCCACCAAUGUCUGCUGUCACCGAUCCUUGGCGCCUGGACUCAGGUGCAGAGUUCCCAUUCAACGAGGAGCGAGUGAUCCCAGAUGGAGUCAACAGGAACUCAGCCAUUAUAGGAGGUAUCAUUGCUGUGGUUAUCUUCACCGUCCUGUGUACACUGGUGUUCCUGAUUCGCUACAUGUUCCGUCACAAGGGAUCAUACCACACCAAUGAAUCGAAAGGGGCGGAGCCAGCCAGUGGCGAAUCAGCAGACACCACCAUCAUCUGCGCCGAAACCAACCCGGAAACCAUAGAGGAAUCAAAGAAAGAGUGGUUCAUCUAACUGCCAAUUGAAAAACAGAUGAGGAUUGGAAAGUGGGAUGUUCAUCUGUUGACCAAUCACAGGAGAGAUGGAUGGAGACGUCUACUGAAUGGAGGAGGGAUUGGGAGUGGGUGAAAGAGGGUGUACAGAAAUCCGAUGAACUGCAGAAGAAAGACGAGACAGUUUAUUGGAAGGUUGCGUAGAGAGUUGAGAGACUAAAUCUGUACAUAGUCUUUCUUUGUAUUGUGUUCAGGAGUUUCCACGAGUCCUUUGAAUACAGAAUAGUUAUAUAACAGCAGAUCUGGAUCAAAUACAUUCAAACACUUUAGGUUUUUAGAAGUGCACUUGAUUUAGCUUGGAUUUUGCACCUUUAGGACUAUUCUAUUGUCUCCGAUGUACCAGGCAAACUAAAUCAAGCACAGCUCAAGUAUUUGACCUAUGUAUUUGACCUCUGUAUAAUAAUAAUGGAACAUAUGCUAGCAAAGACUUGUUUGUUUUUUCAACUGAGAUCUGAAAGAUUAUGCCAAAUCAUCUGUUUACAAGUUUGGCAUUUCUGUUGGUCAUGUUUACAUGUCCAUAAUCCAUAUACACUCCAACAGUAUUUCUCAAACCACUCCAAGAGGUGUAACCAGAGAAACAUGGAUGCCAAAAGUCCUGCUGUAAAUAUGUGUUAUUUAUAAAUAUAUUUAAUUUCUUUGUUAAUAUAUGUUUAUUCAGAGACAUUGGUACAAAGACAUUUACACGACAUUUCAGAUAAUAUUUCUAAGCAUAGCACAUAUCCACAAAUGAAAGAAGUUUACUUUAAUUUAAUUAUGACAUUAGAUUGUAUCCACAAGAAGACCUUCUCAUCGAUGGUUGGAGAGGAAUGUCUCAAUGCAUGAUGGGAAAACAUGGCAGAACCAUAGCUACACACUGCAUGGCAGUUUGCUUUCUGUCCUUCCUCUGAGAACAAGUGAGCUCUUGAACUUUCAGUGUAUUUUCUGUUUCCAAACACUUGUCUUACACUGAAGGCGCAAAACAUUAAGAACACCUUCCUAAUAUUGGGUUGUACCCCCUUUUGCUAUCAGAACAUCCUAAUUUAGUCAUGGCAUGGACUCUACAAGGUGUCGAAAGCAUUCCACAGGAAUACUGGCCCAUGUUGACUCUAAUGCUUCCCACAGUUGUGUCAAGUUCGCUGGAUGUCCUUUGGGUGGUGGACCAUUCUUGAUACACAGGAAACUGUUGAGUGUGAAAAACCCAGCAGCGUUGUAGUUCUUGGCACAUUCAAACCAAAGCGCAUGGCACCUACUAACAUACCCUGCUCAAAGGCACUUAAAUAUUUUGUCUUACCCAUUCACCCUCUGAAUGGCCCAUACACAAUCCAUGUUUCAAUUGUCUCAAGGCUUAAAGAUCCUUCUUUAACCUGUCUCCUCCACUUCAUCUACACUGAUAGAAGUGGAUUUAACAAGUGACAUCAAUAAGGGAUCAUAGCUUUCAACUGGAUUCACCGGGUCAGUCUGUCAUGGAGUCUUUGGGGUCAAGGGUCAAGGGUGAAGGGUUGAGGCUUGGUUCUACCGUGUUGAAUGGUUUAACCAACUGUGCCUUCAGGAGACUGCCUUUUAGCCUUCCUCUUGGUAACACAACACAGCAACACAACACCAUGGUGUCAGAACCAGACCCAUGGUGUUAGAACCAGACCCAUGGUGUUAGAACCAGACCCAUGGUGUUAGAGCCAGACCCAUGGUGUUAGAACCAGACCCAUAGUGUUAGAACCAGACCCAUGGUGAUAGAUCCAGACACAUGGUGUUAGAGACAGACCCAUGGUGUUAGAACCAGACCCAUGGUGUUAGAGACAGACCCAUGGUGUUAGAACCAGACCCAUGGUGAUAGAGACAGACCCAUGGCGUUAGAACCAGACCCAUGGUGUUAGAGACAGACCCAUAGUGUUAGAACCAGACCCAUGGUGAUAGAGACAGACCCAUGGUGUUAGAACCAGACCCAUGGUGUUAGAACCAGACCCAUGGUGAUAGAGACAGACCCAUGGUGUUAGAACCAGACCCAUGGUGUUAGAACCAGACCCAUGGUGUUAGAACCAGACCCAUGGUGAUAGAGACAGACCCAUGGUGUUAGAACCAGACCCAUGGUGAUAGAGACAGACCCAUGGUGUUAGAACCAGACCCAUGGUGAUAGAGACAGACCCAUGGUGUUAGAACCAGACCCAUGGUGUUAGAACCAGACCCAUGGUAUUAGAACCAGACCCAUGGUGAUAGAGACAGACCCAUGGUGUUAGAACCAGACCCAUGGUGAUAGAGACAGACCCAUGGUGUUAGAACCAGACCCAUGGUGAUAGAGACAGACCCAUGGUGUUAGAACCAGACCCAUGGUGUUAGAACCAGACCCAUGGUGUUAGAACCAGACCCAUGGUGUUAGAACCAGACCCAUGGUGUUAGAACCAGACCCAUGGUGUUAGAACCAGACCCAUGGUGUUAGAACCAGACCCAUGGUGUUAGAACCAGACCCAUGGUGUUAGAGACAGACCCAUAGUGUUAGAACCAGACCCAUGGUGAUAGAGACAGACCCAUGGUGUUAGAACCAGACCCAUGGUGUUAGAACCAGACCCAUAGUGUUAGAACCAGACCCAUGGUGAUAGAGACAGACCCAUGGUGUUAGAACCAGACCCAUGGUGUUAGAACCAGACCCAUGGUGUUAGAACCAGACCCAUGGUGUUAGAGACAGACCCAUGGUGUUAGAACCAGACCCAUGGUGUUAGAGACAGACCCAUGGUGUUAGAACCAGACCCAUGGUGUUAGAACCAGACCCAUAGUGUUAGAACCAGACCCAUGGUGAUAGAGACAGACCCAUGGUGUUAGAACCAGACCCAUGGUGAUAGAGACAGACCCAUGGUGUUAGAACCAGACCCAUGGUGAUAGAGACAGACCCAUGGUGUUAGAACCAGACCCAUGGUGUUAGAACCAGACCCAUGGUGUUAGAACCAGACCCAUGGUGUUAGAACCAGACCCAUGGUGUUAGAACCAGACCCAUGGUGAUAGAGACAGACCCAUGGUGUUAGAACCAGACCCAUGGUGAUAGAGACAGACCCAUGGUGUUAGAACCAGACCCAUGGUGAUAGAGACAGACCCAUGGUGUUAGAACCAGACCCAUGGUGUUAGAACCAGACCCAUGGUGUUAGAACCAGACCCAUGGUGUUAGAACCAGACCCAUGGUGUUAGAACCAGACCCAUGGUGUUAGAGACAGACCCAUAGUGUUAGAACCAGACCCAUGGUGUUAGAACCAGACCCAUGGUGUUAGAACCAGACCCAUGGUGAUAGAGACAGACCCAUGGUGUUAGAACCAGACCCAUGGUGAUAGAGACAGACCCAUGGUGAUAGAGACAGACCCAUGGUGUUAGAACCAGACCCAUGGUGUUAGAACCAGACCCAUGGUGUUAGAACCAGACCCAUGGUGUUAGAACCAGACCCAUGGUGUUAGAACCAGACCCAUGGUGUUAGAGACAGACCCAUAGUGUUAGAACCAGACCCAUGGUGAUAGAGACAGACCCAUGGUGUUAGAACCAGACCCAUGGUGUUAGAACCAGACCCAUAGUGUUAGAACCAGACCCAUGGUGAUAGAGACAGACCCAUGGUGUUAGAACCAGACCCAUGGUGUUAGAACCAGACCCAUGGUGUUAGAACCAGACCCAUGGUGUUAGAACCAGACCCAUGGUGUUAGAGACAGACCCAUGGUGUUAGAACCAGACCCAUGGUGUUAGAGACAGACCCAUGGUGUUAGAACCAGACCCAUGGUGUUAGAACCAGACCCAUAGUGUUAGAACCAGACCCAUGGUGAUAGAGACAGACCCAUGGUGUUAGAACCAGACCCAUGGUGAUAGAGACAGACCCAUGGUGUUAGAACCAGACCCAUGGUGAUAGAGACAGACCCAUGGUGUUAGAACCAGACCCAUGGUGUUAGAACCAGACCCAUGGUGUUAGAACCAGACCCAUGGUGUUAGAACCAGACCCAUGGUGUUAGAACCAGACCCAUGGUGAUAGAGACAGACCCAUGGUGUUAGAACCAGACCCAUGGUGAUAGAGACAGACCCAUGGUGUUAGAACCAGACCCAUGGUGAUAGAGACAGACCCAUGGUGUUAGAACCAGACCCAUGGUGUUAGAACCAGACCCAUGGUGUUAGAACCAGACCCAUGGUGUUAGAACCAGACCCAUGGUGUUAGAGACAGACCCAUGGUGUUAGAACCAGACCCAUGGUGUUAGAACCAGACCCAUGGUGUUAGAGACAGUAAAUUGCAACUUAUUUCCUUUCUUUCUUUUUUUAAACAUGUACAUAUUGUUUAUAUUCAAAUGUAUUUAUCAUGUCUAUCAGGCUUUACAAAUGUUUACUUCAUACUGGCAUUGCCCGGUUACAAUGUGAUGUCAUGACUGCCAUUUUUUGUUGCUUGUCGUAAUGGUUAAUUUUUUCUAUACUUUUUAUUUUCUCUAAUGUUUUGUAAAAUUGGCCACCGUGGUUUGUUGUGAAACGUCUGUAUGUCGUCUCAGAAGGUUCCACACUAAGGGCACACACACACAGGAAGAUGGAAAUGAAAAGCCCCAAGACAAGGCUGUCAGCAUGUCACCAAUAAACAUGUCUGUUCCUGGGUUUGUUGUCAUGCCACAUCUAGCCACCAGGCUACUGUCAGUCACCUGAGUCCUGCUUUCAGCUCUACAUUUCAAUAAAGACAGUGUUUGCA